CUCCCCCCAGGAGAUUUCUUCCUUAACUCAACGUGAUCAUCCCUCCUGAAUCCAACCCCCUUCUUGUCUCCAUCAACCCUCGGUCCGGAGUGGCGGUCGCCGUGGUGACGUGGGGCCGACGGGGAUCAGAAACAUUCCGUCUGGAGCCUUAUACGGCGGUGCGGCUAUAAAGAUUGGUGCGCACGACUGACCGAAGGACUCCAGUGAGCGCGGGCAGGUGCUGACACAGGAAGCGGCGCAUUUCACAAUAAGAGCGUCACGCAGGAGAGAGAGGGGCCCCUUGAUGAGGAAGAACGUCAGCGUGUUGCCGCUCAUCUACGUCACGGAGGCGGAGCGUAGCAGCUGCGAUGUCCUCAGCAUCCCCGUAUUCAUGCGGCGUGGCGGGUCGGAGUCCAACCUGGAUGUGGUGGACAGCAUUGGACACAUCGGCGUGGGUCUGGACUUCAGCAAGGGGGCGCUGGGCAUCGACAGUCUGCAGCAGAAGAUCCUCAAGGUGACGGAGCAGAUCAAGGUGGAGCAGACAGCGCGUGACGAGAACGUGGCGGAGUACCUGAAGCUGGUGAACAACGCCGACAAGCAGCAGGUGGCGCGCAUACGUCAGGUGUUUGAGAAGAAGAACCAGAAGUCGGCCCACUCCAUCGCCCGGCUGCAGAGGAAGCUGGAGCAGUACCACCGCCGCGUGAAAGACGGCGAGGGCAAGCACCACAAGGAUGGCGGCAAGGAGUCCGGGAGUCACAGCAAGGAGGGCAGCUUGCGGGACGUCAGCUCCUCGGGGCGACACCCGGCUUUGGACAAAGUCAAGACCAUCGGGCCGGGCGUCUCGCUCUCGCCGCCGUUCUUCUUCAACAAGUCCCGGGGCUUCGCCAACCUCAUCCGGAACAAGUACGGCAGCGCCGACAACAUCGCUCACCUCAAGAGCAUGGACUCUGGUUCCGGGCUGCAGGCGGAUGGCACGGCCAGGGGGUUGAGCGGCAGCGCCAACACCGUAGCCAAGACCAGCAAGUACCACAGCGACGACGAGUGCUCCACCGGCACCUCGGCCUCCGCCGACUCCAACGGCAACCCCGCCGGGGGCUCGGCGGUCGGCUCGGGGGGCGCGGCCCACUCGGACGCCAACGGGCAGCUGGCGGAGGUCCUGGAGAUGGUGCGGGAGAUCCGGGAGGCUCAGGCGCAGCUGGCGGAGGACAUCGAGACUCUCAACACGCAGUUCAAACGAGACUACGGGUACUUCUCUCAGGUGAUGCAGGAGGAGAGAUACAGGUAUGAGCGACUGGAGGACCAGCUCAACGACCUGACCGAGCUGCACCAGCAUGAGACCAGCAACCUGAAGCAGGAUCUGGCCAGCAUCGAGGAGAAGGUGGCCUACCAGGCCUACGAGCGGACCAGGGACAUCCAGGAGGUCCUGGAGACCUGUCAGACCCGCGUGUCCAAGCUGGAGCUCCAGCAGCAGCAGCAGCAGCAAACGGUCCAGCUGGAGAACGCCGACGCCAAGGUCCUCCUGGGGAAGUCCAUCAACAUCAUGCUGGCCAUCGCCACCGUCAUCCUGGUGUGCGUGUCCACGGCGGCCAAGUUCGCCGCCCCGCUGCUGCGUAGCCGCCUCCACCUGGCGCUCACCUGCGUGGGCGUGUCCUUGCUGGCGCUGCUGUGGAAGAACUGGGAACACUUGCAGUGCGCCCUGGAGCGACUGCUGCUCCCGCACUGAGGCCGCCGCUCGGGUUUUACACGUAGCCUUGCGUCUUGAGAGACAAGAAAUGGAGCCGGCCACCACGCUGCCUUCAGGGUGCAUGGGAAAAGACAAACCCCACCAGCUGUCUUUUUUUCCACGUCAUGUUUUUAUUCUAUUUUAUUUUGGAGGGAUUAUUUCCUGUCCCACAGGGUUGUAACACUGUGAGGCUUGAACUCGUGACCACCAGAAGGUUUGACGUGUCGUUUUUAUGUGUUCCCGCUCUUUUCCACAGAAUUAUUUGGACAUUUGGGGAAAUGAGACAUAAUCUGACCAUCUCUAUGAUAUACUGCGAUUUGUCUCGCUCCCGUUAUAAGGACUGUAUGUGUAAAUCGCACAGCGAGUCACAUAGUGGUUAGUCGGGGUCCAUUCACGUCUGGACUAUUCAUUUGUAUUCUAAAUCGAUCAAUGAUUUAAAAAAAUAAAUUUAAUAAAAAUUAAAAAUA